AUGGAAGGUGCCGAUGGCCGAAGGCUGAUGGCCGAAGGCGGAAGGCCGAUUCCGAAUCAUUGGGGGGAUGUGAAGACAUCGCACGCGCCGAAUGAUGGAAGGUGCCGAUGGCCGAAGGCUGAUUGUAGGGGUGCCGAAGGGUUCUGCCGAAGGGCACUGAAAAAGGGGAGAAUGACAGAAGCUCUUUGUGUCGAUUCCCACAGACGGCGCCAAACUGUUGACGCUCAAAAAUGGUUCGGUACUUUUGAGGCCAACUUAGUGAUGGGGUGUGAUGGAUGA